AUGACAAGAGAUCCUAUUAAUAAUGGUGCUGUUUAUGAAAAAUAUAAAUUCACACAAACACUUAAUGAAGUAACUGUUACUGUUACAUACCCAUCACCAAUUAAAGGAAAAGACGUUAAUUGUAAAAUUACUAAUGAUGAAUUAUUCCUUCAAAUAAAAGGAGAAACAUUUAUUAAUGGAAAAUUAAGUAAAUUAGUUAAAAAAAAUGAUUGUUGUUGGACUAUAGAAGAUAAAACUACUGUAGUGAUUGACUUAGCUAAACAAAAAACAAUGGAUUGGUGGAGUUGUGUUAUUAUUGGAGAUGAAGAAAUUGAUACUAAAAAAAUAAAAGCAGAAACAGUAGGAGAUGUUAAUGAAUUAGAUGGUGACACUAAAGAAUUAGUACAAAAAAUGAUGUUUGAUCAACACCAAAAAGAAUUAGGUCUUCCAACCUCAGAUGAAAUUGAUAAAAUGAAGGCAUUUGAAAAAUUUAAAACACAACAUCCCGAGAUGGAUUUUAGUAAUGCAAAGAUGAUGAAUUGA